GGUUCCGUCUGCGAACCUCAGAUGCAGAGGUUGUUACCGCUUCUUCAGUGUAGGAACGUAACGACUUCGUCUGUCCCAUUUCCCACAUUUUUGCCCACCAAAUUUGUCUGCUAACUCGUGCGACUAAAUCCAAGCUGUUCGAAAUGGCGCAGGAUUCCCCGUCCCAGAUCCGACAGAACUUCCACGAGGAGAGCGAAGCGGGCAUCAACAAGCAAGUCAACAUGGAGUACUACGCCAGCUAUGUCUACCGCUCCAUGGCAAGCUAUUUCGGCCGCGAAGACGUGGCUCUGAAGGGGUUUGCAAAGUUCUUCAAGAACAUGUCUGAGGAGGAGGUCGGACACGCGCAGAAGCUGAUGACGUAUCAGAACAUGCGGGGUGGACGUGUGGUGCUCCAAAACAUCAAGAAACCGGAGCGUGACGACUGGGGGAGCGGGCUGGACGCCAUGCAGGCCGCCCUGGCGCUGGAACGGAACGUCAAUCAGGCCCUGCUGGACCUGCACAAGACUGCCCAGCGUCACAACGACCCUCAGAUGAUGGACUUCCUGGAGGAGGAGUACCUGGAGGAGCAGGUCAGGUCCAUCAAGGAGUUUGCCGAUCACGUGACCAACCUGAAGCGUGUUGGGACGGGCCAGGGCGAGUACCUGUACGACAAGUUCACUCUGGGGGGCGGAGAGGAAGCUUAAGCGCAGGCGCACUCCGCCGAAGUUCAUCAUGUAGAACGUCAUUAUCUCCAAGCAGAUGUUGGGAGAAAAUCAAUUCCUUUUCUUGUUCCCCCAUUUAUCAAACACGCAUCUCUACCGUGUCAAGAACAUGUGACAGCCAGAAAAAGUUUUGAGUUUCCCUCCUAAUAUCUGUGAGGUUACGUACAGCAUACCACCUACUAUCACCUGGCUAUAAACACACCGCAACGUUCCUAGCAUACACAACCUAUCACUACAUACAGCACUAAACACAUUUCCGGCCUAGAACAGUCAGAAGAUCAUGUGAAAAGCUGCAUUCACCAUUUUCUUUGUCAGCAAGGAGAAAUGAAAUGGAUACUUAUCAUUUCUCUCUUCUUAAUGACAUUCCUGUUUCAGUAUGUCAUUACAUCCGUGGCAAAGAUUCUAUCUUAAGGUGCACACUUUCUUAGACAUUUUCACCAACAUCAUGCAGUGUGAACAUUAGUGACCUGACAGAUGUAUACUGUAAGUAUAUACACUCAAACGACUAAUACUUAUGUAUUGAUCAUGUAUUGCCUGCCAUGGAAACAAUGUUGUUGUGAAACGGAAAAGUUAUUAUUGAUGUUAAAGCUGAGAGCCUGUAUAUUAGGAACGUUGCCAACUUAACAAAGCAAUAAAGAACAAAUACUCAACAAGGAUCUUG